UUUGCGCCUUAAACAUGUUUGCGAUACUAACGUUCCUUUUUGCAGCCCUUUGCGUUUCCGCCGUGACUGAGGUGCCCCUCUGGGAACUUACCCCGAUUCCUCCAGUCGAGGUCUCUGGUGAAGGACCUCCUCCUCCUGAGUCUUCUGAAGGACCUCCUCUUUCUGACCAGCGCAUCGUGGGAGGCAAUGAGGCAGAGCCGUACAAGCGCGGGUACCAGGCUGCUUGGACAACAGGAAAAUAUUUCUGUGGGGGUGUUGUCAUCAGUAAACUGUUUGUCCUGACAGCUGCCCACUGCAUAUCAGGCAAUAAGAAUGAGCAAAUGAAUGUAACUGUAGGCAUACACAAUCUAAAGGUGAAGGAGAAAUUUACCCAGCGGAUUCCCGUUGCAAAAGCAUUCGUUCAUCCGGACUAUUACAGUGGACGCCAUGGCCCAACUAAUGACAUUGCUGUCCUAAAACUAGAACAGGAAAUUAAGAUGACUGGUGCGUUCACUCAGACCCACAUUGUUGAACAUAGUACAGCAAUGUGGGUUAACUUGGAUGUGGGUAGUGCCAAGAUUACGUUGCCAGACCAACCCAUCAAUGAGGAUCCAUCCUCCCUAACUGAAGGUAUGGAGGCGAUCUCCAAGCUGUAG